CUUUUUCAUCACCAUUCACUUCCCACACCCACUCACGCACGCGGUGGAGUUUACUUCAGAAAGCGGUCACCACUCACCGCACUGGUUCUCUCAACACUCGUCGGCGCUGAACCAAAUUUCCAUCCAUGGCGGGCGUUUCGCUCAUGUGCGGCGACUGCGGCGUUCUGCUGAGGUCCGUAGAAGAAGCUCAGGAGCACGCCGAGCUCACCUCCCACUCCAACUUCUCCGAAUCCACCGAACCCGUUCUCAACCUCGUUUGCUCCGCUUGCUCCAAACCCUGCCGAUCCAAAACCGAGAGUGAUUUGCACACGAAGAGAACUGGACACACUGAGUUUACUGACAAGACUUCAGAGACAGUGAAGCCAAUAAGUUUAGAGGCUCCGAAGGUGGAUGCAAUGGCAGAGGAUCCUAUUGGUGCAACCACUGACCAAACUGAAGAGAUGAUUGUUCCGGAAGUUGACAAAAAGCUGCUCGAAGAACUUGAAUCAAUGGGGUUUUCAACCGCACGAGCAACACGGGCGCUUCAUUAUUCUGGUAAUGCUGGCCUUGAGUCUGCUGUAAAUUGGAUAGUAGAGCAUGAGAAUGACUCUGACAUAGAUCAGAUGCCCUUGGUACCUGCCAACACCAAAGUUGUUGCCUCUAAACCUUCUCUUACCCCUGAAGAAUUGAAGGCCAAACAACAGGAACUAAGGGAGAGGGCUCGCAAGAAGAAAGAAGAGGAAGAGAAGAGAAUGGAGAGAGAAAGAGAAAAGGAGAGGAUUCGAAUUGGCAAAGAGUUGCUGGAAGCAAAGAGGAUUGAAGAAGACAAUGAGAGAAAACGAUUGUUGGCUUUGAGAAAAGCAGAGAAAGAGGAGGAGAGAAGGGCUAGAGAGAAAAUCAAGCAGAAGUUGGAAGAAGACAAGGUUUAUACUUUUUCUAAUCAUUUUGUUUUACCUCUUGUUCUGUUGUUGUCAACACUCUUCUCUUCUGUUUUAAAUUAUCUUUCCCAAUCUAAUUACAAACGGUUGCUAUUUGACUGUCAAGUCAGGUCAAUGACAUGUAGAUGGAUUUAUAUGAGCUCACACCUUUUCUCUAUUUAUGACAGGCUGAGAAGGCGCAAACUUGGAUUGCCUCCGGAGGAGCCAUCAGCAGCCAAACCUUCAACUGUUGUAGAGGAGAAAAAGAGUUUUCUGCCAGUUAGGCCUGCUACAAAAGCUGACCAAAUGAGAGAGUGCUUGCGUUCUCUCAAGCAGAACCACAAGGAGGAUGAUGCCAGAGUAAAGAGAGCAUUCCAAACUCUUCUAACUUAUGUGGGGAAUGUUGCCAGAAAUCCUGAUGAAGAAAAAUUCAGGAAGAUUCGUCUUAGUAACCAAACUUUUCAGGAUAGAGUUGGUGGCUUGAAAGGAGGGAUAGAAUUCCUGGAAGUUUGUGGGUUUGAGAAGAUCGACGGGGGUGAGUUUUUGUUUUUGCCUAGGGACAAGGUUGAUAUUGCAGUCCUGAAUUCAGCUGGGUCUGAACUGGACUCUGCAAUAAAGAAUCCCUUUUUUGGAGUUCUUUAGUUGAGGCAAUUGCUAUAGUCACUUGACAAUUACGGUUUGAUGUUUCAAGAUGAAGUGCUAUAGUUUGUUCAUUACAAUUCCUCUUUUAUUUACUCAGUUACAAGGUAUUUGUAGAGAUAUUUUUGCUUGUGUACCAUAUAAUUUCUUGCGGUUCAUAAAAUUUGGUUUCAUGACUCGAGAA